CGCGCACCUGAGCACCUAGGGCAGUCACAGUUGAGCCCAGCAGCGGCUACUCACGCGAUGGAGGGCGAGGGCCGGGGCCGGUGGGCGCUGGGGCUGCUGCGCACCUUCGACGCGGGCGAGUUCGCAGGCUGGGAGAAGGUGGGCUCGGGAGGCUUCGGGCAGGUGUACAAGGUGCGCCAUGUGCACUGGAAGACUUGGCUCGCGAUCAAAUGCUCACCCAGCCUGCACGUCGACGACAGGGAACGCAUGGAACUUCUGGAGGAAGCUAAGAAGAUGGAGAUGGCCAAGUUCCGCUAUAUUCUGCCUGUGUAUGGCAUAUGCCAGGAACCUGUUGGCUUGGUCAUGGAGUACAUGGAGACGGGCUCCCUUGAGAAGCUGCUGGCCUCGGAGCCAUUGCCUUGGGAUCUCCGCUUCCGCAUCGUGCAUGAGACGGCUGUGGGCAUGAACUUCCUGCAUUGCAUGUCGCCACCACUGCUGCACCUAGACCUGAAGCCAGCGAACAUCCUGCUAGAUGCCCACUACCAUGUCAAGAUUUCUGACUUUGGGCUGGCCAAGUGCAAUGGUAUGUCCCACUCUCAUGAUCUCAGCAUGGAUGGCCUGUUUGGCACAAUCGCCUACCUCCCUCCAGAGCGCAUUCGUGAGAAGAACCGAUUGUUUGACACCAAACAUGAUGUAUACAGCUUCGCCAUUGUGAUCUGGGGCAUGCUCACCCAGAAGAAGCCAUUUGCAGAUGAGAGGAACAUCCUACACAUCAUGGUGAAAGUGGUGAAGGGCCACCGCCCAGAGCUGCCACCCAUCUGCAGACCCCGGCCACGUGCUUGUGCCAACCUGAUAGGCCUCAUGCAAAGGUGCUGGCAUGCGGACCCACAGGAACGACCCACCUUCCAAGAAAUUACCUCUGAAACCGAAGACCUUUGUGAAAAACCUGAUGAAGAGGUAAAAGAGCUGGCUCAAGAGCCAGGUGAGAAAAGUUCUCCAGAGCCCAAGAGUGAGGCCAGGCCCGAGUCCUCACGCCUCAAGCGUGCCUCUGCUCCCCCCUUCGAUAAUGACUGCAGUCUUUCUGAAUUGCUGUCACAGUUGGACUCUGGGAUCUCCCAGACUCUCGAAGGCCCUGAGGAGCUCAGCCGAAGUUCCUCUGAAUGCAAGCUCCCGUCAUCCAGCAGUGGCAAGAGGCUCUCUGGCGUGUCCUCAGUGGACUCAGCCUUUUCCUCCAGAGGAUCGCUGUCACUGUCAUUUGAGCGGGAACCUUCGACAGGUGAUCUGGGCCCCACAGACAUCCAGAAGAAGAAGCUAGUAGAUGCCAUCAUAUCAGGGGAUACCAGCAAGCUAAUGAAGAUCCUGCAGCCCCAGGAUGUGGACUUGGUUCUGGACAAUAGUGCCAGCCUUCUACACUUGGCUGUGGAGGCCGGACAGGAGGAGUGUGUCAAGUGGCUGCUGCUCAACAAUGCCAACCCCAACCUGACCAACAAGAAGGGCUCUACACCUCUUCAUAUAGCUGUGGAGCGGAGGGGGCGGGGAAUUGUGGAGCUACUGCUGGCCCGGAAGAUCAGUGUCAAUGCCAAGGAUGAAGACCAGUGGACUGCCCUGCACUUUGCAGCCCAGAAUGGAGAUGAGGCCAGCACAAGGCUGCUACUGGAGAAGAAUGCCUCUGUCAACGAGGUGGACUUCGAGGGCCGAACCCCAAUGCAUAUAGCCUGCCAGCACGGACAGGAGAACAUUGUGCGCACCCUGCUCCGCCGAGGUGUGGAUGUGUGCCUGCAGGGAAAGGAUGCCUGGCUGCCUUUGCACUAUGCAGCCUGGCAGGGCCACCUGCCCAUCGUCAAGCUGCUAGCCAAGCAGCCUGGAGUGAGUGUGAAUGCCCAGACACUAGAUGGGAGGACACCCUUGCACCUGGCUGCUCAAAGGGGCCACUACCGUGUGGCCCGCAUCCUCAUUGACCUGUGCUCUGACAUUAACAUCUGCAGCCUGCAGGCACAGACGCCUCUCCAUGUCGCUGCAGAAACUGGGCACACUAGUACCGCCAGGCUGCUCUUACAUCGUGGUGCUGGCAAGGAGGCUUUGACCUCAGAGGGCUGUACCGCCCUACACCUGGCAGCCCGGAAUGGACAUCUGGCCACUGUCAAGCUGCUUGUUGAGGAGAAGGCUAACAUUCUGGCUCGGGGCCCCCUGAGUCAGACAGCACUGCACCUGGCUGCUGCCCAUGGGCACUCGGAGGUGGUAGAAGAGCUAGUCAGUGCUGACCUCAUUGACCUGUCUGAUGAACAGGGCCUCAGUGCACUGCACUUGGCUGCUCAGGGCAGGCAUUCAAAGACUGUGGAGACGUUGCUCAAGCAUGGAGCACAUAUCAACUUGCAGAGUCUCAAGUUCCAAGGAGGCCAGAGCCCUACUGCCACACUGCUCCGACGUAGUAAGACUUAGCUUGCCACCAUAGCACCAGGGCUCCCUGAAGGCUUUCUGGUCCAUCCUUGUUUCCUCAUGGGGACAGAAUGGUCCUAAGACACUCUGUUCACCCUGUUUGUGGCCUGCCCAUACACUGACCAAGCAAGGGCUAAUGAACAAGGCAGUAGUAGCUGUGUCAGGGCAGAGGCUGCCACUGGCUGCUGACCUGUGGCCAGCCAAGGUGUCUGAUGUCAGACAGGACUGGGUCAGUGUCAUUUCACUGUGGUCUUGAUUGGCUGCAGAUGCAGGCCUUUCAUGACAAAGGCUAUAUAGGAGUGUCCCCUGUGUCUCAGAGCAACUUACCUCUGCUUGCUUAGAGCAUGGGAUCUUCGGUAGAGAUAUGAGAGGGACAAUGUCCUUCAUCGUCUCACUGCAACGGGCAGAGUAUCUGUCUCUGGAGGCGUAGUGGGUUCUUAUAUAUGAGUGACAUGCUAGCUUUGCUUGAGGCAUUGACUGAUGGAGUCUAGAAAGAAAAUGAUGGUAAAACCACAGGCUGGUCCGCUGGUCCUAACAGUGAACAGCCUUACCAGCAGGGAACUGCUGGUUCGGUUUUUUUUGUUUGUUUGUUUGUUUGUUUUAAUUUUUGGUCAUAUCUAGGUCACCACACCUCUUCCCCCACCUCCCUGACAGUUGCUGAGUUCUCACUUAAAAUGUCAGAGCCACAUAUAUAGAAGUUACUGGAAAAUUCUUUAUAAAUGAGUUUUAUACUAAAAAUUGUUUAGUUAAAUCACUCUUUCAGGCUCUUUUGGUGAAGUGAUGGUUUGUGCCAAGGGCUUUAUUGACUUGCCCUGUGGUGACUCCUGCCGUGUUCCAGCCACAGUAGUUGAAUGUGGCCCAAGGUGGCCAUUGUAGUGGUUGUACUCUGAGGUGUCAAAAAUUUGAUAGCCUCAUUGUUACACCUUUCCCAUUCUUAUUUUGAACAUUGUCACUGUGGAAGUGUAUUGUGGAAGUGUGCAAACUCAUGUUGUAGCAUGGUGCAUGGCACAGAAUGAGGGACAUUAAUGUAAUGUAUACUUUGACACAAAUCAUGGACAGGAUGCUUUUCUAUGGCAGGAAGUGUUGGAGCUGGCCAUGUUUUAAUAUGCCUCAAUUUGCCUUCAUUGUCUCCCACUCCUGUUGUGUAAAACACAGAGACCAUAAGAGAGCUGUGUGAUGUCAAUAAAGGACUCACCUACUUUUGGAA